AUGAGUUCAUUGCGCGGCACAAAAGAAUCGAGCGACAAAUUUGUCUCCGUAGCUUCUCUGUCCUGUCCCGACAGCGCGACAUUUAAGUGGGGCGUCGUGCAGGAUAAGAGCGGUUUAGCCAUACGCUGUCAUGCUACACUGCGUCACCCAUUGUUUUGUCAUAUGCAAACUAUAACAGCCUUAAAAGUUUGCCGGGAGUGCUAUCCGCUUAUGAACUGGAGAGUUGAGGUAAGGUGUGGGUACACGCGGAAAGCGAGACUAGCCGCCGAGGAGCGACGAGAAGACUCGAUGGCCUCGCGCGUCUCGCACUCGUUUCCAUCGCUCUGA